AUGGAAACAAACGUCUCGCGAUGGAUAACACAGCCACAGGAGCUAGUAACUGCGGCCAUAUCAAAAAUAAACCAUGAUGCACCGAUCACCAGAAAGCAGUUGCGACCACUUGUCCGCUGUCCCGAGGUAGCAAAAGUUCACGCCAGACGGAAGGUCCUAAGCUGUGACCACCUCGAUGCAGCAGGCGGUGUUUCCGCCGCUGCAUUUACCCUAUCUGCAACAGUAUUGUCUGUCCCCAACAGUUUCUACUCCUCCCCAUUCCCUUCCCCCUCCACCUCUUUAUCCUCGCACAUUGGAAAGACUUAA